GACGUUGGGGGCGGAGCGGCCGUGUGCGCGGUGACUGGCUGCGGCCCUGGCGGCAGCUGGCGGCUUCCGAGUGCCGGUCGCGGGCUUGGAGGGGUUCCGAGGCGACGGCGAGCAGCGCGGGAGUGGGCCGGGGGCUUGUGACCGACCAUGCCGACGGUGGAGGAGCUUUACCGCAACUACGGCAUCCUGGCCGACGCCACGGAGCAAGUGGGCCAGCAUAAAGAUGCUUACCAAGUGAUAUUGGAUGGUGUGAAAGGUGGUACCAAGGAGAAACGAUUAGCAGCUCAGUUUAUUCCAAAAUUCUUCAAGCAUUUUCCAGAAUUGGCUGACUCUGCUAUCAAUGCGCAGUUAGACCUCUGUGAGGAUGAAGACGUUUCUAUUCGAAGACAGGCCAUUAAAGAGCUGCCUCAGUUUGCCACUGGAGAGAACCUUCCCCGGGUGGCAGAUAUACUGACCCAACUUUUGCAGACAGAUGACUCUGCAGAAUUUAACUUAGUGAAUAACGCCCUGUUAAGCAUAUUUAAGAUGGAUGCCAAAGGGACUUUAGGUGGUUUAUUCAGCCAAAUACUUCAAGGUGAAGACAUUGUUAGAGAACGAGCAAUUAAGUUCCUUUCAACAAAACUUAAGACUUUACCAGAUGAAGUCCUAACAAAGGAGGUAGAGGAGCUUGUACUAACUGAAUCCAAAAAGGUCCUAGAAGAUGUAACUGGUGAAGAAUUUGUUCUCUUCAUGAAAAUCCUGUCUGGGUUAAAGAGCCUGCAGACAGUGAGUGGCAGGCAGCAGCUUGUGGAGUUGGUUGCUGAGCAGGCUGACCUGGAGCAGACCUUCAACCCGUCGGACCCAGACUGCGUGGACAGACUCUUACAGUGCACACGGCAGGCAGUGCCCCUCUUCUCUAAAAACGUCCAUUCUACAAGGUUUGUGACUUAUUUCUGUGAGCAGGUUCUUCCUAACCUCGGUACCCUAACUACUCCAGUGGAAGGUCUUGAUAUACAGUUGGAGGUGUUGAAAUUGUUGGCGGAGAUGAGUUCAUUUUGUGGUGACAUGGAGAAGCUGGAAACAAAUUUAAGGAAACUCUUUGAUAAAUUAUUGGAGUACAUGCCUCUCCCUCCUGAAGAAGCUGAAAAUGGAGAGAAUGCUGGGAAUGAAGAACCUAAGUUGCAGUUUAGUUACGUGGAGUGCUUGUUGUACAGUUUUCACCAACUGGGCCGAAAGCUUCCAGAUUUCCUAACAGCCAAACUGAAUGCAGAAAAACUCAAAGAUUUCAAAAUCAGGCUGCAAUACUUUGCACGGGGUCUGCAGGUUUACAUCAGACAGCUUCGUCUGGCUCUCCAGGGUAAAACAGGCGACGCCUUAAAAACAGAAGAGAACAAGAUUAAAGUCGUGGCAUUAAAAAUAACCAACAAUAUUAAUGUUUUAAUCAAGGAUCUCUUCCAUAUUCCUCCUUCCUAUAAGAGCACAGUGACGUUAUCCUGGAAACCGGUGCAGAAGGUUGAGCUUGGGCAGAAGAGAGCCACUGAAGAUACAACUUCAGGUUCCCCACCCAAGAAGUCUGCAGCAGGACCAAAAAGGGAUGCCAGACAGAUCUAUAAUCCUCCCAGUGGGAAAUACAGCAGCAAUUUGAGCAAUUUUAAUUAUGAGCAGAGAGGAGCCUUCAGGGGAAGUAGAGGUGGCCGAGGUUGGGGAGCACGAGGAAAUCGUAGUCGGGGAAGACUCUACUGAGAAAGACAUCACAUUCUUCAGCAUUGUCAUGAGCAUAAAUAUACUAAAUUCUACUAUUCUUUGGAUUGCCGGGGAUGUCCCUUUAAAGGACUGCUGCCUUCAGCUAAAAACUUAAUGUUCUUUAUACCUUUGUAUGUAUGAUCUACUUUUGUAAUAGACCAUGGUUGUGUCCAAGGUAAAACCACAGCGAUAUUUUUGGAUGCUUUGUCUGCAAUCUUGAAUUGUUUUUGCAAUACAUUAUUCAAACUUCAUAUUGUGAAUCUUUUAAAUGUCUCAAUAAUUUGUUAUUAAAAGCUGUUCAAGUCUAAAAUGCAAAGAGAUUCAGUCUAGUUCUGCUAUCUUGUAAAGAUCUUCAGUUUUGAUGAUUUUCCUCUCCCCUCUUGGUUUUUUGCUCAGUAUAUGGAGAAAAGUAACUGUCAAUCUUAACAUUAUAUUUUCACUAUUUUUUAAUAAGCUGCAAUUCAAUGGUGCAGCAUUCAAGAUACUUACCAGCUUUCUUAAAAUGUGGAACUGACUUUACAUUUUUAGGGGGAAGUAAGUUGCUUUGCACUGCUUACUUAACUUUUCUCCAUAUAUUGUGAUACAAACUUUUGAAUAUGGGAUCUUACUCUUUGGAUGUGUAUGUAUAAUAUACAUACGUAGGCAUAUAUAUGUGUGUGUAUGUGUGUGUGUAUAUAUAUAUGCAUAUAUAUAUAUGCAUGCUGUGAAACUUGACUAUACAACCUAAAUCAUUUUUUAAAAUUCCAGGAACGGGUUGUCUUUGACACAAUGAUUAUCCUUUUGAGGUUGAAUCCAUUAAUGACUUAUGACCUAGGUUUUUGUUCCCAAUAGUGAGUCAGUUGCACUUACAUGAUUAUUGUUAUUUAAAAGUGAAAAUAAACAAAGGCUGCAUUUCCAAAGACAAAUUUGAAGAUCAUUCUUGGUGGAAAUAUAGCCAAAAUGUUGACUCUGGUGUACAUAGGAGUAUCUACAGGUUAAGAUAGUAAUAUAACUUAGGAUUUGGAGAUUUAAUAACCAGGGCUACCCAGGAAAAGCAACUUGAUAAUGUAGUACCAGUAAGUAAGAGAUGUUCUCUCAGCUUGCUUUUGCCACUUUCAAGAUUUUAACUUCUCAGGUUAUUAAUCAAAAUUAUUGUAUAAGUUAGCCAAUAGGUCUUUAGGUUAAAACAACAGAUGGGAGGUUUGUGGAGUGUUUAAUGUCAUGGGCAUUUUUGAUAGCAUAGAUCCUUUGCUCUGCAUUUGGAUGUUUCAUAUGUGUUUGUUCCAGUUACUCUUCCCAAGUUUGCUAUUCAGGUCACAUGGCCUGAAUGACAUUUCUAGGAGUUGGAUGUAUUUUUUGAGAAAUAGUUUGUGAUUCCAUUACAGGUGUCUCCGCUACUGUUAUUCUACAUGGGGGGAAAAGCAAAGCCUCUUUACUGUACAUGUUUAUGGGGAAAAUACUUCUCAAAAACUAGAGUGAUACAAGUGAGCAGAAGAAGCUGGUCAGCCUGGCUGUGGAGUGGUGGCAAUAAUCUCAACAUUCCAGAUGACUCUGAGCUGACCCUGAGCUCUCUAAGAAUCUGAACAGACAUAGGAACAAAGAAUUGUCGUUUGAAGCUGUGACCAGCUUGCCUGGACCUGAGAAAUAGGGCAGCAAGUGGCCUAAAGCCAUCAAGUACUGAAACCAUUGGGACUACCACCAUAUACAUUUGAACAUGUAAUUUUUCCUCUUUUUAAAGUAUAUUUGUAAGCUCAACGCUGAGAAGUGAUUUUACUUUUUGCAGUUGGAUACUGAGUUGCCUGUUUUUUCCUUCCCACUUUGUUGUUCCCCUUUCUCUUCCUAAGGCAAUAGUGUAAAACUAGGGUUAUUUUUGCUCCCAAAAUUGGAAUGGAAAUUUCAUGCCAUGGGUUUAUUUUUGCAAGACACCUGUUUGUCACUUUGUUCAAAUGUAAAUGUUCCUUUAUGCUUUCGAAAUAAACUUCCUUUUGUAAUUUUG